AUGAAUCUUAUUGUGAAGCUUCGGAGAAGUUUUCGAACAUUGAUUGUUCUCUUAGCUACCUUUUGCUUGGUGAGCAUUGUCAUUUCUGCCUAUUUCCUUUACUCUGGCUAUAAACAGGAAAUGACACUCAUUGUAACCACUGCGGAAGCAGAAUGUACUGACGUUAAAAUCCUACCAUAUCGGACAAUGGAGCUGAAGACAAUUAAACCUAUUGAUACAUCCAAAACUGAUCCUACUGUCCUCCUGUUUGUGGAGAGCCAAUAUUCUCAACUCGGUCAAGAUAUUAUCGCUAUCUUGGAGUCCAGCCGAUUUCAGUUCCAUAUGGUCAUUGCCCCUGGCAAGGGAGACAUACCUCCUCUUACAGAUAAUGGCAAAGGGAAAUAUAUUUUAGUUAUUUAUGAAAAUAUUUUGAAGUAUGUCAGCAUGGACUCAUGGAAUCGAGAGCUUUUAGAAAAAUACUGUGUGGAAUACAGUGUUAGUAUAAUUGGUUUUCAUAAAGCCAAUGAAAACAGCUCACCAAGUACACAGUUGAAAGGGUUUCCAUUAAACCUUUUCAAUAAUGUAGCUCUAAAGGACUGUUUUGUCAACCCUCAGUCUCCUUUGCUGCAUAUUACCAAAGCCCCCAAGGUUGAGAAAGGGCCUCUUCCCGGGGAAGACUGGACAAUUUUCCAAUACAAUCAUUCAACCUACCAGCCUGUGCUUUUAACUGAAUUACAGACAGAAAAAUCCCUUUCAUCUUUGUCCAGCAAACCACUCUAUGCGACUGUGAUUCAGGAUCUGGGGCUUCAUGAUGGAAUUCAGCGAGUUCUUUUUGGAAACAACUUAAACUUUUGGCUGCACAAGCUCAUCUUCAUAGAUGCCAUCUCGUUCUUGUCAGGGAAGAGGCUGACAUUGUCUUUGGACAGGUAUAUCCUUGUGGACAUUGAUGAUAUCUUUGUUGGGAAAGAAGGAACAAGGAUGAAUGUCAAAGAUGUGAAGGCAUUACUAGAGACUCAAAAUUUACUGCGCACUCAGGUUGCAAAUUUUACCUUCAACCUUGGAUUUUCAGGGAAGUUUUACCACACAGGGACUGAAGAGGAGGAUGAAGGAGAUGACCUUUUGCUUCGGUCUGUGGAUGAGUUCUGGUGGUUUCCUCACAUGUGGAGCCACAUGCAGCCCCACCUCUUCCACAAUGAGUCAUCUUUAGUUGAACAGAUGAUUCUCAACAAGGAAUUUGCACUGGAACAUGGAAUACCUAUCCACAUGGGCUACGCUGUGGCGCCACAUCACUCAGGGGUCUACCCAGUUCACAUUCAGCUGUAUGCAGCUUGGAGGAAGGUCUGGGGUAUCCAGGUCACCAGCACUGAAGAGUAUCCGCAUUUGAAACCUGCACGAUACCGAAAGGGUUUCAUUCACAAUAGCAUCAUGGUCCUCCCUCGACAGACCUGUGGGUUGUUCACACACACUAUUUUCUACAAAGAGUAUCCAGGAGGCCCCCAAGAAUUGGAUAAAAGUAUCAGAGGAGGUGAACUUUUCCUCACAAUCCUUCUAAACCCAAUCAGCAUUUUCAUGACCCAUUUGUCAAACUAUGGGAACGAUCGCCUAGGGUUGUAUACCUUUGUGAACUUGGCCAACUUCGUGCAGAGCUGGACCAACCUGAAAUUGCAAACUCUGCCUCCAGUGCAACUAGCUCACAAGUACUUUGAACUCUUCCCUGAGCAAAAAGACCCUCUCUGGCAGAAUCCAUGUGAUGAUAAAAGACACAAAGACAUCUGGUCUAGAGAGAAAACUUGUGACCACUUACCAAAAUUCCUUGUAAUUGGGCCACAAAAGACAGGAACAACGGCACUUUAUUUAUUUCUUCUUAUGCACCCUUCCAUCAUCAGCAAUCUCCCCAGUCCCAAAACAUUUGAAGAAGUCCAAUUCUUUAACGGCAACAACUACCACAAGGGAAUUGACUGGUAUAUGGACUUUUUCCCUACUCCAUCCAACAUUACAAGUGACUUUCUAUUUGAAAAGAGUGCUAAUUACUUCCAUUCAGAAGAAGCUCCCAAACGAGCUGCGUCCCUGGUACCCAAAGCCAAGAUCAUCACCAUCCUCAUUGACCCCUCAGACAGGGCAUACUCUUGGUACCAGCACCAAAGAUCACAUGAAGAUCCAGCUGCUCUGAGGUUUAAUUUCUACGAAGUUAUCACAACAGGACAUUGGGCCCCAUCUGACCUGAAAACUUUGCAGAGGAGAUGCCUAGUACCUGGAUGGUAUGCAGUCCACAUAGAAAGAUGGCUAACUUACUUUGCUACUUCUCAGUUGCUGAUUAUUGAUGGACAGCAGCUGAGGUCUGAUCCAGCUACUGUGAUGGAUGAAGUCCAGAAGUUUCUGGGAGUUACACCUCAUUAUAAUUACUCUGAAGCACUAACUUUUGAUCCCCAAAAGGGCUUUUGGUGUCAACUACUGGAAGGAGGAAAGACCAAAUGCCUUGGAAAAAGCAAAGGUCGAAAGUAUCCACCCAUGGAUCCAGAGUCUAGAACCUUCCUCUCUAAUUACUACCGAGAUCAUAACGUGGAACUGUCCAAGCUGCUACAUAGACUGGGGCAGCCUCUACCAUCAUGGCUGAGACAGGAGCUACAGAAAGUGAGAUAG